UUUCAUCUACGAGCGGGUUCAACGUCAUGGAUACAGCAACACUUUGGUGCCAAGGGCACAGCUGAGCGACCUUACCCACAAGACGAUCGCCCAGUACCUGCUGCAGAUCCACGACAAGUUGGAAGCCGAUUUAGAGCUCCAGAGGAUGAUAAACGACUCUUCGCUCAGUACAUCAAGAGACGUGUUCAUGAGAGUCGCCUCUGAGAUCUUUUCAGACGGAAGGUUCAGCUGGGGCAGGGUGGUCGCA